AUGGUUCUCAAAAGACUCUUUACCGCCGUAGUUGCGGUUUUCUCACUUUUGCAUUUUGCAGCUGCUCUGGAUCUUUUAUCUAGGACAAACCUUGUUGUUUACUAUGGUCAAGCACCCGACCAACCGCGCUUACGUGAUAUCUGUUUGAAUGACAGAUUUACGAAUGUCAUUAUUUUGGCAUUCGUCAAUGUCUUCCCGGAACAAGGCAAAGGAGGCUACCCAGGAACCAAUUUUGGGAAUCAGUGCUCUGCCCAAGUGUUCAAGAAUGAGGAAGGUGUCGACACAGAACUGUUAAGCGGUUGUCAAAAUCUUAUAGAAGACAUUCCAGUAUGCCAGAGUGAGGGAGUAAGGGUCAUGCUUUCAUUAGGAGGAGGUUUGGGGUCCUAUGCAGUUACAAACAAGCGAGCAGCAGAGAAAUUUGCCGAUUUCCUUUGGGGUGCUUUUGGUCCCAAAACGCCAGCAUGGGCCAACAAACCCCGCCCCUUUGGUGAUGUUAUUAUUGAUGGAUUUGAUUUUGAUAUCGAGCACAACAGAUUUUUCGCGUCAACCCUGGUACGAAAGUGUUGUUUGGCCUCCCAGGGGCUCCCGACGCCGCACAAGCUGGCUAUUACCUCAAUGAACGCGAAGUGGGAGAGCUUUUCGACGAGUUCAUGGUAA